AUGUCUGUGCCUCUUUCGUUUGUGUCAUGGAAUUGCAGGGGUGGUAUCUUGUUUUCAAGGAAGCAAAACUUUAUUCGUCAUUUAAUUUCCAGCCUUAAUCUAGCUUUCAUUGGCUUGGUGGAAACUAAAAAGGAACAUUUGGAUGACUUUAGUGUUUGUAAACUGUGGCCGAAUCAUGACUUUCAAUAUGAAUGGAUAGCUUCUACGGGUGCGUCGGGGGGUCUGCUUCUAAUUUGGAGUUCUGUAAUGUUGCGCAAUGUUUCUACUUCAAAGGGAGCACGAUGGAUAUCUAUGGAUUUCUUGUUUGAAGAUACCUCAUGUCGUCAUAUUCUUAUUUACGCAAGCAACUUGGCUUCGGAGAGGGUUAUAUUUUGGCAGGAACUUAGUUCGUUGUUGGAGUUUGCUAGUAGUAUCAUUAUCAGUGGUGAUUUUAACGAUAUUUUACAUCCUGAAGAUAGACUGAACAGCGUUGGGUAUUCUCCGUCGAUGUUAGCUUUGGGUGAGUUUGUGAAUAGCUCACAGCUUCUUGACCUUCCACUUCAGGGCAGAAACUUCACGUGGCAGAAUUCCUUUUCAAGGUCUCGCAUCGAUAGAUGCCUAAUCUCUUCAGCUGCAGGUACUAUCUGGCCCUUCAUGUCCCUUUCUGCUUUGCCAGGUAACCUUUCAGACCAUGUUCCGAUAUGCUUUCGCUCACCAAAUACUUAUGAUUGGGGCCCUAAGCCAUUCAGAUCCGUGGAUUCCUGGUGGGAUCACGAGGAUUUUUCAAAGGUUGUUGCGGACGGAUGGAGUUUGGCUUGUGAAAAGUCGCCUAACCUUACUAUCAGACUCAAAGAGCUUCGGCUGUUUGUAAAAAAGUGGAAUCAUGAUGUCUUCGGUGAUCAGAGAAGAAAGGUUAAAGAACUCACAGAGGAUAUUUUUUCGAAAGAAGCUUCAGCAGAUUAUAGUCCUAUGUCGAAAGAGCAAAGGGUGUUGUUGGGUAAUCUUAAAAAAGAUCUAUGGACAGCAGAGAGAAGAUUGGAGUCCAUUUGGAUUCAAAAGUCAAGACUAAAAUGGAGUACAGAAGGUGACAGGAAUACAAAGUUCUUUCAUAGUGUUGCCUCCAAACACUAUCGAAAUAACCACAUCUCUUCAAUUCAAGUUGAUGAGAAUGUUGUCUCAGAGCCUAGUGAUAUUCGGUCUUUUAUUAUAGAUUUCUUCAAAUCGCUUUAUAGUCAACAAGAGAAGCAUCACUAUACUCUUCAAGGGCUGAUUUUUGAUAAAAUUUUGCAGGAGGAUGGUGAUUCCUUGAUCCUUCCUUUCAGCGAAGAGGAAAUAUUUAAGGCCAUUUAUGCAUGUGGUGAAAACAAGGCUCCAGGCCCGGACGGUUUCAACUUUUACUUCUUUAGACGAGCUUGGCCCUGUAUGAAAAAAGAAAUUAGAGAGUUUUUCGAUGAUUUCUACCGCUACAAUUCUCUACCAAAAGGCAUUAACACAUCGUUCAUGGUUUUGGUUCCUAAAGUUGCAGGGUCGGUGAACAUUAAAGACUAUAGACCUAUUAGUUUAGUUAAUGGUUUCUUUAAGCUACUCUCGAAAACUCUUUCUUUAAGAUUAGCACCAUUACUAACUAAGGUUAUUUCAGAUAGUUAA